AUGCCUUCAGUUGGUAUGAGAAGGAGCACAAGGGUGUUUGGGGCACGUGUUUUGCGGUCAGGCAGGAGGCUAUGGACCAAGCCUCAGGAAGACAGUAAAAAGGUCCGGGUAUAUCAUGGGGAUGAUCAGUGGGCCGAGCUUUUAGAAGAUUCUGCUGAUGUAGUAGAAGGUGCUGAUGAUGUCUGCAAGGAAGCAAAGCAGGAAAAUAAAAACAGUGAGGGAGAUAUGGAAAUGGAGGAAAUUCCACCUGAAUAUGGUGAUGUGGAGGUGAAAACUGCAGACAGGAUGUAUGGGAUUGUGUACAGAAGAAAGAGAAAAAGGGCCGAGUUUGAUCCGAACGAGGAUAGAAGAUGUGGGAAGAAGUUUUUCAGGAAGCAAUGGAGAAAAAGAAGUAAAGUUGCAGUGUCUGAAACUUGUGGGGUUGACCGGAGUUCAGUUAUCGGGCUUCGUGAACUUGCUAUUACUGUGAAUGGGCCAGCUUGGAGGUAUAGUUUUUGGAUCACUUGCUUCCUUGCUACAGUUCUCAGUUACAUGCUGAGGGUCAGAAUUGGAGUUAGACGAUUGUCUGCAUUUCUUCUGUACAAACCUAUAUUCGAUGCUUAUACGUCAAGUGGAGUGCUUUUCGUCCAGGAUUCUUCCAACACCAAGAGACCUGUUAUUUGCAAAAUUUCAGGAUCCAAGUCAUUAGUACCAACCUUUUCUGUUAACAUUUCCGCCAUCCCCUCAUUCUUUAUGCACAUGCAAACAAGCAUGUGUAUUAGAUCUGAACAUUUGUCUUGCUUUCUCGUGGCACAUUCAGUCAGUAUAUAUGAGAAGGAAGAGAACGUUAUGGACAUGGCUGAUUAUUCGGAACAUUCUGUGGCACAUUCAGUCAAUAUUUACGAGAAGAAUGAGGAAGUUACUAAUGUGGAUGAUUAUUGCGAAACACAGUCAAUUGAAUUCCCCCCACCGUAUGUGGAGCAGCAAGAUUCGGUGGAAGUCGUUGUACCUCAAGUUGUUUCUGGAAGAAAAGAGUUUUCACGCACUGCUAAUGUUGGAAUAAAUAAAUCAUCUCUUCGAACUCUUCAAUCGAGAAAUAGUCGUCACAUUCAGAAAAGACGGAGUUCCUUGAGACGCAAGAAAGGUCAAGUCCCUGCUGCCUUCCGAACCCAAAAGUCCUUCGGAACUUUGGCCGCUGACUUUUUAAGGAUCAGACAAGAAAACGCGAAAGUUUCUCCUGCUAAGAGUAGUCCCGUGGCGAAAAAUUUCAGAGCGCUAAAAUGUACAAGCACACAGGAUGUGUUUAUCACAGGCUGUUGCGUGAACCUGUUAAUAACCGAGCCCGACAGGUGUUUUCGGGAAGAAGGAGCCACGAUCACUUUAGAAUACUCAACUUCGAAAAAUUGGUUCCUUGUCGUAAAAAAGGAUGGAAAGAAAAAGUACAGCCUAACUGCUGACAAGGUUAUGCGUCCUUCUUGGACCAAUCGUUUUUCCCACGCGACAAUCUGGGCCGUCGAAGGUGGCUCAAAGCUUGAGUUUCCCUACAAACACGAUUGGUUGAUUUUCAAGGAGCUUUACAAGGAGUGCUACGAAAGGAACAUGCUUUCACCUGCAGCCAGUGUAAUUCCUGUUCCCACAGUGCAGGAAGUAUUGGACACUAAUAAGGACUAUAAGCCUUACGCGAGGCCUGCUUCGUACAUUCGCGUGAGGGACGAUGAGUUGACUCGUGCUCUUGCUCGAUCGACCGCAAUUUACGACAUGGACUCUGAUGAUGAGGUGUGGUUGGCUGAUUUUAACGACGAGCUGUGUAGGGGUGAGGAAGUAGUUGAGCUUGUAACGCCUGAGAGUUUUGAGUCGAUCAUUGAUGCUCUCGAAAAAAGCUUUCACUGCAAUCCGGAUAAUAAUUUGGACGAGCAAGCGGUCUGUGAUUCUUGCAUGCAUUUGGAGAGAAAGGAAGUUGUUGAGGCCAUCCAUGGCUAUUGGGUUAAAAAGCGGAAACAGAAACGAGCUGCUCUGGUGAAGAUUUUCCAGCUUUACCAGCCUAGAAGAAUUCAAGUGAACACAAAAUCAGUUUCGCGAAAGAAAAGAUCAUUUAAGCGACAGGCAAGUCAGAUUGGGCGAGGCAAACAACGACCUACUUUUCCAGCUAUUGCAACCGAACAAAAUACUUUAGAGCAACAGAACCGCGUACACAAGUUGCAAGAAGCCAAGGCAGCUGCAGGCAGGUCCGAGGGCCUGGCUAUUCUAAAGCGUCAAAAGGCCCAAUUGCUCAUGGCCAAUGCUGAUUUAGCCGCUUAUAAAGCAUUUAUGGCCCUUAAAAUUGCAGAGGCAGCCCAAAUUGCCAAGAAUCCAGAGAACAAUCUUUCUGGUUUACUGGUCGAAUUGUGA